UGGUGGGGGACUAGUCGGGUGUUGGGAUCGGCAGGGCAAUAACGAUCGCGCACGACUAGAGAUUCGGUUUAAAACGCACUUUUUUUCCUGGACAGAUCACCUUGCAAACAUAAUAAUGGUCACCAUUUGACACGCUUCAUCUGAUCGUGAGUGGUUUACAGACAGUUAUCAUGGCAGUACAAAUCAUACGCCCUAUAUUUCUACUCUGCGCACUCUCAUGCCUCGUUCAAUUAGGUUGGGGGCUUGACUGUUACAAAUGCAGCACCAUUUAUUACGAAGACUGCCACGACCUACAAAACAUUUCAAAAGCAGAAGUUGAAACAUGUCCGAACAGCGGAGAGCCUACUUACUGUACCAAAGUGACAUUUCAGUACCAACAUAAACAAGUCACACAUAGAGGUUGUGCGAUCGAUGAUUGCAAUAAGGAGUUACAGAAGUUACAACGUGUGUAUAGCUUCAACGCCUUCAACUCCUGCGACUUCUGUACUGGAAAUUUGUGCAAUUCAGCCGCAAAUAUAGACUUGACUGUCACUUUUGUUAUCGCCUUGUUAAUAUCUGCUUCCAAGCUUUUGUAGUUUACUUACAAUAAAAAAUUUUAUGUGUUGUCUUACAUUUUA